CUCAUGACUCAUCAGUUCAUCAUCAGACAUCAGUUGAACUUGAACUGUGCGCAUGUAAGCAUCAGCAUCCAAGUUAUGAAAACCAAAAUACUGAAAAUGUAUUACGGUAUUCUAUUUUUGUUGUCAAUUUGUUUAGUGAACAGUUAUGCAAGUUUUAUAAAUAAUUACCCAAAACUUAAAAGUUAUAAUACACCCGCUAAUGAAGAUGUAGGAGAACCGCUAUUUCUAACACCUUUAAUUGAAAGUGGAAAAAUUAACGAAGCAAGGGAAAAAGCGGCAGUUGAACAUGUGGAAAUGGAAGGAAUAAAUAGUUAUGCUGGAUAUUUAACUGUUAAUAAGGAUUUUGGAUCUAAUAUGUUCUUUUGGUUCUUCCCGGCUCAGGUUGAUCCGGGCAAUGCACCUGUUGUUCUAUGGCUGCAGGGUGGUCCAGGGGCAACUUCAAUGUUUGGACUGUUUUUGGAAAAUGGACCUUUCUACGUGACAAAAAACAAGACUCUUCACAUGAGAAAAUAUUCAUGGAAUAAAAAUCAUAAUUUAAUAUAUUUCGAUAAUCCAGUUGGAACUGGUUAUAGUUUUACCAAUGAUAUUAAAGGUUAUGCCAAAAAUGAGACUGAUGUGGGACGAGAUGUUCAUACAGCUUUGGUGCAAUUUUUCCAGUUAUUCCACGAAUUUCAAAAGAAUGAUUUUUUUGUUACCGGCGAAUCUUACGGUGGAAAAUAUGUUCCUGCAGUUUCACAUGCAAUAAAAGACUAUAAUAUAAAAGCUAAUUUGAAGAUUAAUUUAAAAGGAUUAGCAAUAGGAAAUGGAUUAACUGAUCCAGAAAAUCAACUUAUUUAUGGCGAUUAUUUAUAUCAGUUGGGAUUGAUAGAUCUUAAUGGAAAAAAUGCGUUUAACAUGUAUGAGAAGAAAGCUCGUGAUUUCAUUCAACAAAAGAAAUUUGUCGAAGCUGCCGAUAUUUUUGAUUUACUUCUUAAUGGAGACUUUCAUGCAACACCCUCACUUUUUACAAAUUUAACAGGUUUCAAUUUUUACUACAAUUAUCUGCAUACUCAUGAUUCUAAUAACUCUGAUUGGAUGUCUGAAUGGAUCCAGCGGGGUGAUGUUAGGCGUGCCAUUCAUGUGGGAAACUGCUCUUUUCAUACUGGAGAUAAGAAGGUUGAAGAGAACCUGAAAGCUGAUAUUAUGCAAUCUCUUGCUGUAUUGAUUGUAGAUCUGUUGAAACAUUACAAAGUUCUUCUCUACAAUGGUCAGCUCGACAUAAUAGUGGCAUAUCCACUGACUGAAAAUUAUUUGCAAAAAUUACAAUGGUCUGGCGCUGCCAAAUACAAUUCAACUGAGAGAAAAAUAUGGAGAGUUCAGAAUGAAAUUGCGGGAUAUGUAAAAGUCGUUGAUAAUUUAACAGAAGUUCUUGUUCGAAAUGCAGGGCACAUGGUUCCAAUGGAUCAACCUAAAUGGGCUUUCGACUUAAUAACCAGAUUUACUCAUGGAAAACCACUUUAAUUACUUGUUCAGACAAGUGAAUUGAAUCCUCAAUUUAAUUGAAAAUAUAAAUAUAUGUACAUUGACAAUAAUAUACAAUUAAUGUUAUGUUUUAUACACGUAGGUAUGUAAAACUUUUACAAUAAAAUAAUAUCAGGUAACACAAAAGGUCAAAUACAAUUACAAUCACAAUCA